AUGAAUCAACCACCCGUAGAGAUCCCUAACGAAACGAUGCCCUUCGAUGAUUCUAUGAUCGAGGAGACGCAGCAAGCAACGCAGUCGACGCAACACGCGUCUCAACCGAAUUCUGCGAACACCAAUAGCCAUCUGUGGGGCUACCUUCAGCCAUGCAGCAACCUGCUUCGCCGCCUAGAUCUUUGGAAAGUUCAGCCCGCAGCUUCAGUGGGAAGGGCCCUGGAAAACGAUAUCAUUCUCCCUGGGGGAAAAGUCAGUAAUAAGCACUGCAAAAUCACCUGGGACGGAAGGGAGGACAAAAAUUCCGCAGUGACUGUUCUCGACACCUCCAGCAAUGGCACUUGGAUCAACGGUGUUAAGAUUGGAAGGGACAAAACAGCAGUACUGAAGGAAGGCAAUGAGAUUGCUUUCGGCUCUCCUCAUCCCUCACCUGGGGAUCUUGAAGACUAUCGAUUCAUUUAUCGGCACACCGCUGCCGGUUCGCCACGCGGUGGCCUUCAUGCUCAGUAUGACAUCAGCCAUGAGAUCGGCAAGGGAUCAUUUGCAACUGUCAUGAAGGCCGUGUCGCGUGCGACGGGCCAGUGGUAUGCUAUCAAGGUUAUACAAGACCAUAAGGUCAAGCGUGCUACUGCCAACAACAAUGAAAUGGCGUUUGCGCGAGAGAUUAGUAUUCUGGAACGGCUCCAUCAUCGAAAUAUCUGUCAGAUGAAGGAAGCCUUUUUCGAAGAUAAUAGUAUCAAUCUCGUCCUCGAAUUUGUCGAUGGCGGAGAUUUACUUGAUUACAUAUUAAGAGAGGGCGGUCUCAAGGAGCCACUGGCUGUCCACAUAAUCGCGCAAGUUUGUGAUGCCCUUGCAUACAUUCAUAGCAAAGGGAUUGCGCACCGUGACCUGAAGCCCGAGAACGUGCUGCUAACUACGGAAAAUCCCCCCACUGUCAAAGUCGCCGACUUUGGUCUCGCCAAGGUUGUCGAUAGCGUUACUUUCCUCAGAACUAUGUGCGGUACACCUGCUUAUCUCGCCCCCGAAGUUGUGACCCAGCAAAACCAGGAAGGCUACGAUCACCUUGUUGACAGUUGGAGUGUUGGGGUGAUCGUAUUCUGCAUGUUUACAUUGUCAAGCCCCUUCAUCGAAGAUGAGAACCAGCGCGAUAUCAAGGUCAGGAUCGCAGAACGCACAAUUCAAUGGAGUAUUUUAGAUAAAGUAGAGGUUUCUCCGCUUGCGAGAAACUUCAUUGAGAGGUUGCUUGAGCAUGACCCUAGGGAUCGUAUGUCUCUCAGCACAGCCUGCACCCACCCAUGGCUUGCCGACGUUCCAACACUAGCCCAUCUUCAACCUCGCCCUAUCACUGACUCUUCCGUCACAUCUAUCCAAGACGGCGCUUCCUGCGUCUCCUCGCACGACUCUGAAGACACAGAGAUGACCGAUGGCUCAAGCCAACCUACUGUAACUGAGGGUCUCGACAAACUUCACCUGCGCCAACAAUCCACCCGUGCGCCCCUCCAGCAGCGCGCGCAAGUACUCGCCCAAGCUGCUGAGAACGAUCAAGGACUCAUGGAGCCGAGCUGGCAGAUGGUUCAACAUGCACAAGAAAUUGCGAAUGGCGUGCGAAACGGGAAGCGCAAGUUGGACCCACAAAGCCCUCUGCCGGAUAUGGACGUCGAGAAUGGGAUCCCCAAAAAGUCAAGGCGGGUACCGGAGUCGAAUGGCCCCACUACACGCACCAGAGCUGCAAAAGGGCGUGGGCGGGGAGGUGCUUCAUCACCAGUGGCGGCAAUGUUGCAGGGAGCAGCGGCAGGGAUGAUCGUGGAGGAGGAGCAUCUAGAGGACGACGAGGAUGUGGAAGAAGCUGCUAGUACUGCAGCCCACGCUCCACCGAGAAAAUCCACUCGUGUAACUCCCAAAAAGGGGGCACGCCGGUGGUGAGAAGGUGAAUGUGUAUAAUAUCUUAUGCUUGGUUAUUGGUUUCCUCUCGUCCCAUUUGUAUUGCCAGUGCUUAUCCUUUAUCCCCACAGUCUCUCGCUAUGUAACAUCGAUAUCUCACUUUCGUUAAUUUACUGCUAUAUUCUAUCGAUAUCCAUUCAUUUGCUAUGGGAAUGCUAUUGAAAGUUGUCUGUUGAUCGUCGAGUCUUCAGGUGUUCUAGUCUCAACACACAGCAAGUGUAAUACCGCUAUGAAGUGUUCGAUAUUGGUGAAGCACGCCGUAAUAGAUGAUCACCGAGGGCCAUCAUGCAUCAGGCC